GCACGGCCGAUGACCAGCCGCGACCUCCCGCACGCGUACCAGUACUACGUCCUCGCCGUGACCGGCCAAGCGGCGCCGACGCCCGCCACCAAGGCCUCGAAGCCUGCAGAAGCGGCCUCGAGCUCUGCUCCAGCGGCGGCGCCGACGACGGACGGCGUGCCACGCAUGAAGCUCCGCGACCUGACAUGGGCCAACAAGGCGACGUUCAACGCGCUCAUGGAGAAGCACUCGUUCAUCGUACUCACGGACAUUGGCAAGCUCAAGAACAUGUAUCUCGACCUGCGCAGCGAGAUGCAAGCCUUCUUCGAGCGCGAAGACGCAGCGAAAGACGCAUGCACGUCGUCGUACAUCUACCGGAACGAGACCAAGACGCCCAUGUGGUACGCAGGCUACGAGCGAUCGAGAGUCCGCGAGUGCUUCCGCGUGCACACGGGCGACAUGUCGCGGCUGGUGUGGCCGUCGCCCGCCUUCGAGUCGACGUGGCUGGCGAUGAUCCAAAAGUGCCAAGCUAUUUGCGACCAGAGUCUCUCGCUGACGCUGGGCUACCGCGUUCAGCGUAAGGACGAAGGCGAGGAUCUCUCUGUCUGCUAUGGCUUGCACUACCCCAACAAGGCAGGGACCGGGCAGUCGGACGGCGAAAACGUCUUCGAGCACGUGGACCCGAGCUUGUACGUGAUCGAGCCUGUCACCGACGUGCGCGGCCUCGAUGUGUUUGACCAAGCGUCGCAGCGCUGGCUCUGCGCCGAAGACGUCUGCGUGCCCCACGAAGAGCUCGUGCUCUUCUGCGGGAAGGCGCUCGCGCGCGCCACCAACGACCGAGUGCCCGGCACACUCCACCGCGUCACGCGCUACGAGUCAACCAUGAACAUUCCGCGCUACUGCGUCAUUUACGAGCAAAAGUAUGCCAACUUCUUCUCGUAA